AUGAAAUACAACCAGACCGUUAUCACGGAUGUCACACUCUUGGGAUUCCAAACCUCCAAAGUUGUCAGCAUAUUUCUCUUCACUCUAAUUUUGGUUAUUUAUAUCUCAACACUUUGUGGAAACGUGUUGAUCAUCACCCUGGUGUCCUACAGCAACGUCCUCCACACUCCCAUGUACUUCUUCCUCACCCAGCUCUCGUUAUCUGAUAUAAUUCUAACCACUGAUAUCUGCCCAAACCUUCAUAUUGUAGUUCAAGAAGAUGGAACAAUGUCCUUCAGAGGCUGCGUGUUGCAGCAUUAUAUUUUUGCCAUGACGGAAUGUUCGGAGUGUCUUCUUCUGACGGUGAUGGCUUACGACCGAUAUUUGGCCAUCUGUAAACCGUUGCAUUAUACUUCUAUAAUGGAUAAGCUUUUCUGCAUAAAGCUAGCUUCUGUGUCUUGGUUGUUGGGCAUUAUUAUUAUGAUGAUCAGCACAGUUACAAUCGCUUGUCUGGACUUCUGUGGACCAAAUAUUAUUGACCAUUUCUUCUGUGAUGCUUUGCCGUUGUUGAACCUUUCUUGUUCAGAUACCUCCGAGGUUGAAAACACAAGGGUGUUUCUUGGCAUCCCUGUUCUUUUUUUACCUUUUAUCUUUAUCAUGUGUUCAUAUAUGUAUGUCAUUAUCACCAUCAUGAAAAUUCCAUCUACUGACGGGAAGAAGAAAGCCUUCUCUACCUGCAGUUCCCACCUGACCAUCGUCUGUAUAUUUUAUACAAGUCUGAUCAGCAUGUAUGGUCUUCCAACUAGUGGAUCAUCUUCAGAUAUAAGCAAAGUAAUAUCCAUUCUGUACACUGUGGGGACACCAUUGAUAAAUCCAAUCAUUUAUAGUCUGAGGAAUAAAGAUAUAAAAGUGGCCUCUGACAAGAUAAUUAGUCAUUUUGUGAAGUUUUAUUAUUUAUAA